AUGAUUAGUUUUUCUGGUUUCUUUUUAAGUUGCUCUUUUAGGUUAUGAAGUACUAGAAAACGUUUUUCAAAGUUAGGUUACUUAGGUUGUGUAAAAUAUAUAACCCAUAAUUUGAACCUAGAUGCAAGACUGAAGACUAGUUACCGACCUUCAAUAAGACUCAGCAAAGAAUAUGGUAUUUUUAACUGUCGCUCGUUUUGUGAGAAUGAAUUACCGUGGGCCCAAUAAGGGUCCCGAUGAAUUUUAUAGAAAGAGGAACAUAUUCCGUCUCUCUGCUCACUUUUAUGGCCGAGCUCGAAACUGUUACAGUAUUGCAGUGAGAAAAGUUCAUCGAGCUCUGGUUUAUUCCACCAAGGGUAGGAAACUGAAGAGAGAAGAUAUGCGAGAUUUGUGGACUACUAGGACAACAGCUGCUUGUGAAGAGCUUGGUUUGCCUUUCCCUAUCUUCCGCCAAGGUCUGCAGUCUAGCGACGUCCUGCUAAACAGAAAGUCCCUCUCCAACCUAGCGAUCUGGGAACCAAGAACGUUUAAGGCAUUAACAGACUUUGCUUGGAAGAGAGCAGAAGAGGAAGGUGUUAAUGGACUAAGCUCUCUUCCCUCUGACCCACCUUCACAUGUCGUCACAAGAGAUAUGCUCAAGAAGAAGAAAAAGUAAUUUAAUCAAGUUUUCUCCUUGUCAGUAAUUUGUAGAUAUUUUGUAUUAUUAUAAACGAUAUGCCAUUAUGUUAAA